UGAAUCGAGAGUUUUGCUGUCAGUCAAUCGUCAGUAGUCGGCUGGGUGCGAGCGUGUAUAGAUUAUAUAGAGUGUUGCGUGUCGCGAACGUUGACAAAUAAUUUCGUAAUUCUCGUUAUUUAAAUUAACCAUUUAAUACAAAACUAAUACUGCGAUAUUUCAAACAUCAUUUGAUUAAGAAACUUAAAAAACAGCACUAAAAACGAUGCACAAAGCAAAAUAAAUAAUGAAAAACCUUUCUCAAAAAUAUGUUGCUCAAAAAGAGAAUGAUUGAGACUGCAACUGGCAGAGAGAGCGCGCUAGAAAAGAGAGCGUAAUAGAGGGAGGGAGUGCGAGUCGAGAAGAUGGAGAGCAAUUUGUUGAUAAAAAUGUGUGUCAAAAUAUUAUAAGCAAACGCAUAACAAUAACAAUGCAUUGACUGAUAACCAACCAAAUGAUAAUGAUAAUAAACGACAAACUGCACUUGUUGAUAACCGAAUAUUUUAUACUCUCUUUUAUACCUAUCUACACGAUUUAUCAAUAGGAGCAAAGACAAAGACAAUGCCAAAGGCAGUCGAAAAAUAAACAAUAUAAACUGCAUGUGAAAUUUCACAAAGAAUACUGCAUUUUGCACUUGUCACGUCGCCGACAACGCUGUCGACGUCGACGUUGACGCUGACGUUGACGCUGACUUUGACGCAGUCGUUGGCACCGUCAUUGUUGUUGCUGUGGCUAGAACAAAUAAGCUAAAAAGCAAAAACACAAAAUAAACAUAGAGCCGCAAAAUGCACGGCAUAAAGCGUGUGCUCGUCUUUUGCAUUAUGAUUGUGAUUUUACCGGCAAUUUUGAUAAUAAUGCCUCUCUAUUUGCGUAAGACGAUCUUUGCGGAUGUGAUUUAUCCGGUUGCCGAGUCGGAUAUCAUUGAGAUACGGGACGGAAUCUCAUCGAUAUUCUGUUCAAAGCAUACUCUUCGAAUGAGCAGCCAUUUCAAUGCGUUUCAGUUGCAGAACAAGCCGGAGAUUUCUACGAGUCGGAAGCAUAUUAGACUGAAGAAAUCGAUGACUCUGCCGGACGAUACGCUGGAGUAUUGGGGUUUCUUUUUGCUGAAGGGUGCAACGGUGUCCCUUAAGUUCUGUUCCCGGUACAAUGGAUCUCGUAUAUUGGUGGUCAAGGGAAACAGAGAGCUCAAGCUUUGCGGCCUGACGGAUCACAACAAGAACAAGCUGGGUGCAAAUUAUGCACAGGGUCAUGAUCAGGUGAAGGUAUUCUUUGAGGAUGUGGUCGAGAUAACGGAGGAGAAGCUGCCAGUCGAUGGUUUACUAGAGCAUGAGAAUCAUGGCGGUGAAGAUCUCAGUGAGGAUCAUGCGGCUACAAACGCGACCCCAACAACCAUUGCACCCAUAAAACCUCUAAGGAAGAAACUUAAAAAGGGAUCCCCGCAUCAUCACAAAUCAACGGAAGAACGGGAAUCAUUAGACAAGGGUGUGAAUGGAACGACGGAGACUUCCCUUCGUCAAAGACGACACAGUGUAUCUGCACACGAGCAUCAAAAGAGGCAACUCUACGAGCAACUCUACAAGCGAAAGGAGCGAAAGAAGCGUGAGAAUGUUUACGAUCGCAGGUACAGUCACGGUGGGAAUGCGGUUAACUUUACGGAAACCGAUGAAUCCCAUUCCAUAUCGAGCUUUGAGACUGGUCUCUAUGUUUGUUUCAACAAUACCAUUCUCCUGGGCGAGGGGUUUACCCCGAAGCCGGCGUGCCUGAAUACUCAAUUUCUGGAGAAUGGCAAGCACGAUAAGGUUCUACAGAAUAUCACCGAGGAUGGGUACUACUACUAUAUCUUCUAUAGCGAUAACGAUCUGGUACGCAACGACAUACACGCUAUAUUUGAUAUAUAUAAGCCGACCUUUCAAUACUCCAAUCUGAGUGAAUCGCAAGGCUGUCUGAACAGCACGGAUUGCACUUUCAACAUUGGUUUCCUCUCGGAUGAGAUCGUUGUUGUCGAGGUGCCCACACGUGAUGGCAUUGAGCAUGAGGCGGAUGAUAUCACAAAUCUCAUAUCGACCUGCCAUCCUCGUAGUGAAAUCUAUGCUCUAUUUCCAAUAACGGUGCUGGUGCUCAUAUUGUGUUGUUCUUUUCUUUAGAAUUUUGGUCACCCAUUUGACUCUUUGAUCUUGUGAUAUUCGUCUUUUGAGAUAACUGAGUGAUAAACGUGAGCAUGAAUAACCCCCAAUGGCAGGUCCAAAAUAAAUUCCUUAUACCCUACCAUUAUCAUACGAUCCAAUCUUAACUAUCAUAUGUCAAAUGUACCACAGUCUGAGCCGAACACAUCACAGAAUGACUCAUAAAUAAAAUAUAACUUUUAAGAAAACAUUUACCCCAGGACUCAAGCAUUUAGGUUAUAGGCAGUCAAUAAGCUAUAUACUUGUAUUUACAUAUAAAUUCUAUUUACAAAUAACAA